AUGCUCGACUAUCACGGAGAGACUUCUGUGGGAGCUACACCAGAUGAGUCCGCUCACCGCGCCACAGAGGCACAUCGGCUUAUUGAACAAGAGCUCGAACAGAGAGGCCAUGUCACCCAGGACAGGAUAGGAGUGCUUCACACAGCCUUGGAACUCGUUAAACAAAUGUCUUGUCCGGCCUCGUCUUCCUCGCAUCUCGAUUUGGACGAUGCGGUCACUGAAGAAGCCAUUGGAUCAGAGUCAUCGCCUGCAGAACUACUGUACAUGAUGCUGCCUGGAAUGACCGGAAAUGAGGGCGAUUAUAAGCACCUUCAUUGGCCAGAUCAUAUCUCGAGUCCGACUUUGAAGAAAAUGAUCAUUUCCUUGGUGGAGAAUGAGGGAGACGAACAUUGUCGAUUGCAUUAUCGUGUAUGUGUUUACACAAAAGCCUUUUUCUGCGCCCUCAAAUGGUCCCAGGUCUACCGUAGCCCCACGGUCCUUCAACGAUUGGAAAAGUCACAGCGGCAAUACAAGGCGACCACACUGGCCGCACUAUGUCGUAUUCAUUUUCUCUCGCCUCCCAGCCUUUCACUUGUGCAAGCUCUGCUCUCUGGGGCAAUGCUAAUGCAAUAUAUUGGAAACGUGUCCCGAAGCUGGUCGUUAACGGCUUUCGCAGCUCGCAUACUCGUGUCUCUUAACGGCCACACCGUGGAAGCCCGAAGACUACUGCCAACAGAACUGGUCGAAGAUUUUGAUUUGUGUCUUUAUUGGUGCUACUAUCUUGACAAGGUUCUGAGCGCUCUUUUCGCACGACAGCCCUCACUUCCUAAGUUGUAUUUUGACCCAGUCUCAUUAAUUCCCCUGAAUUCUUCAAAUCCACUUCAGAAGACUGUGAAGAUAAUGGUUGAGAUGGCGAAGGUUCAAGAGGGUAUACUGGAUAUGCAACUCAGCAGAGCGAAGGGAGUUGCGCAUAUAUCCCAGGUUGGUUCUCUCAUUCAGACUGCCAAUUAUCUAUUUGAAAAUAUCAAAGAAACUCGAUUGUCUGUGCCUGAAGAACUUCAGAACGAAUUUGAUGCCGCAGAGUUCGGCUAUUUCGCUAUGAUGACUAGUAUUCUGAAAUACAGUCAACCUGGAUGCACAUCAUUUUCUAAUAACGAGUGCCUUGAUUUUGCGCGGAAAGCACUGAAAAGCUUGAACUCCAUGUUACACCCCGUUGGCUUGAAUCUAGACACAGCAGAGCCAUGUCCUUCAUUCCUAUCCUGGACGGUGUUAUUGUACCCACUGACUCCUUUCUUUGUGCUUUUCUGCAACGUCGUAUCAUCAUCUCAUGAUGGGGACUUUGUCUUGAUGCAAGAUGUCACGAAAGGUCUAUCUCGGUUUGUUCACGCAAACAAGUGGAUCCAUAAAGUCCAUAGUCUUUUCAACAUGUUCCUCGGUUUAUGUGGUCCGUUAAUGCAACAUAUCAGCUCGGAGGAGUUACGCGACAUCGGCCACGAAGGGUCCUCGGCUGAUGAUAGAUUACCGUCGCAACCCCUGGAAACCACAGAUGAAAGUCUGAUGUGGGACUUAUUCACUGCCCAGCCUUCGUUGGAAUGGUUUGAUCUGGACCUUUGA